GGCCCGAGGCACGUGCGGCCGCGCACGUGUCCGCGUGGGGCCGCCGCGGGCGGGGCGGGACCGGCACCGGGAGCGGGGACACGGAGACCGGGACACCGGAACAGCGGCACCGGGACACCGGCACGGCCACAGCGGCGCCUGCUCAGGGACAGGGACACCGGCACGGGAAUCGGGGACAGCGAUACCGGGACACUGAUACCGGGACAGCGAUACUGGAGCGGUGAUACCGGCACUGGGUCAGGGACGGGAACAGCGACACCGGGACAGCGACACCGGCAGCAGCGCAGGUGCAGCCGCGUGCAGGCAGCCUCGGCUGGGUGACCCUGCUGGAGCUGAACGCAGCCAGAGGCUCCCCUGGGGGGGCCACCAUGGAGCCCCCCGCCCGCGCCUGCUCCUGCGGCUCCCCUGCCUCUGACAGCGAGGCCGAGGCCGGCAGCUCCCCCCGGAGCCCCCCCAAAGCCGAGCGCAGCCGCAAGCGCCCGGGGGGGCUGGAGCGGGCACCCCCCGAAUCGCCACCGGCACCCCGCGGGGGGAAACGCCCGCGGAAAGGGGAGGGGGGCGAUGCCCCUCCCAGCGAUGGAGAUCGCCUCUUUGCCCAAAAGUGCCGGGAGCUCCGGGGCUUCAUCCGGCCGCUGGCGGAGCUGCUGGAGGGGCUGCGCCGCGGCCGCUACGACAGAGGGCUGAGCAGCUUCCAGCAGAGCGUGGCCAUGGACCGGCUCCAGCGGAUCAUUGGGGUCCUGCAGAAGCCAGAAAUGGGUGCUCGCUACCUGGGGACGCUGCUGCAGGUGGAGGCCAUGCUGCGCCUCUGGUUCCCCCACGUCGCCCCCAAACCCACGCUGGAGCCGGCUCCCCCCGCGGCUCCCCCGCGCCGCCGCCCCCCCGCCGGUCCCCCCGGGGCUCCCCGGUGCCGCCGCCUGCCCGGGGAUCUCCCCCUGGCCAGCCCCGCGGGGACAUUACAGCAGCGGGGGUCCCCGCAGUGCCAGGCCGGGCCCCCCGAGUCCCCCCCGGCGCCGGACGUGUGACGCCCCCCCCGGCUCGGGGGGGGGAAAUCUCAUCUGCAUUUCUCGGUUUUGCCUUUUUUUUUUUUAAUUUUUUUUUUUUUUUUUUACCGG